GAGAGCGAGAGAGAGAGGUUCAGUGUUCAUAGUGAGUGCGCGAGGACGCAAGUUGGAGUUUGAACAGAAUAACACACAUCCUUGGAACAGCGCCACCACCACAUCAGCUUUUUCCUUCAAACCGUUCCGGUUCUUGUUCCAGAUCGUCCCGUGUUCCCGUGUUAUCUUUUCUUCUUUCCGGCCUGGAACAUUCGCCAACCGGUGUCUGGUUUAAGUUUUGACGUCAUCCCAUCUGCGUAUGGUCAUACAGUCAGCAUGCAGAACUAUUGGCACCCUUUAAGAGAGCAGGAGUAGAGUGAGGACAUAAAAAAAGAGAGGAAAGACAGGAUUUCAUCAUGCGUAAGGCAGGACAGAGGAAUGUCCAGGAGCGAGGAGGAAGAGGGAGGAAGAAGGAUGCAGGUGGUGAGGCCUUUAGCCCCAGGUUCCACCAUAAGGCUCUGGAGGGAGGUCUCAUGGUUGCGGGUGACGUAGGCAGCGGCCCCCUGCCGGUGCAGCCGUACCCCACCGAGGACGUCCUGAGGCUGGGUUUGUCCAGAGGAGUGUCCCUGUCUCUCCCGUCCUCUCCGAUGCUUCCUCCCCGCCAGCCCUACAUGCUGCCUCUCAGACCCAGCACCAAGUCUCCAGGUUCUGUCAGGAAGCCUAAGCAUGCCGAGAGCUCCCGUAUUCCCGUGGAUACGGUCAGCUGGUGCCUGAGGAGCGAGGAGAACUCCGAUCCGAUCUUGCCAGCUAAGUCUGGCUCCUCCCCUGCUGCUCAGGAACUGAUGACACGGCUGGGUUUCCUACUGGGAGACGCCAUCCCCGCUUCAUCACACACCGCCAUGGAGGAGAGAAACCAGUGUACAGUCAGUAGUCAGGGUGCAAGUCCGUGUUCCACCCUGACCGACAGCACAGCGUCUCCCAGCACCGAGAGCCCGUGUUCCAGCCUGGCGCUCAGCUCGGGUUCAGUGGAGAGACCGCCUCCGUGUUGCUCCGGACCCUGCAGCACCACCAUGAGCACCACCAUGAGCACCACCACCAUCACCACCAUCACCACCCCCAGCUCCACGCUGGAGAGCAAGGACAGCGGCAUCAUUGCCACAGUGACCAGCUCCAGUGAGAACGAGGAACGUUGUGGAUCUAGUCUGGAGUGGGGAAAAGAUGGCGGCGGAGGUGGUGGUGGCGGCGGUGGAGGUGGCGGCGGCGGCAGCGGUGGUGGGACUAUCAGAGACGGCAGCCAUCCCGCUCCUCCACCUGUAGCUCCUGUCGCUGUUGGAGACUCAUCAUUACCCAGUGAACCCCAGCCCCGGACUGCCACGGCUGCCCCGCCACCCUCAGACGGACUCGCCCCGUACCAAAGCACCUCACUGAUCAUGCCAAGGCCCAACUCAGUGGCAGCCACCAGCAGUACUAAGCUGGAGGAGUUGACGUAUCUGGACGAGCAGCGAAAUGCCCCCAUGCGUUCGUCCCUGCGUGGACCGUGGCACGGUGCACACACCAGCGGUCGCAACCAGGAGAGCAAAGCUCGAUUCACACCGUAUAAGCCAGUAGACAUCAUGCUCAAACCCUUGCUGUUUGAGGUUCCCAGCGUUAGCGGCACGGACAUCGCGUUCGUAGGCCGUGAGUGGCUGUUCCAGCGUCUGGAGGACGUCCUGAUGGGCGAAGGAGAGGUGGCACCAGGACGCGGUGCCGUCGUGGCGGGCAGCGUGGGCUUCGGAAAGACGGCGGUCAUCUCCAGACUCGUGGCUCUGAGUUGUCACGGUGGCCGGAUAAGACAGAUCGCGUCCAACAGUCCCGGAGCUUCGCCUAAGAGUGGAGGUAGAGGAAGUGAAAUCUCUAGCCAUGGCAGCCAGCUGAACCCACCGUCUCAGAGCCCCCACCGCAGCAGCAGCUGCCCUCCGACCCCCGACACACACCGGCACAGAGAGGAGGCCGUCAAGCGCCUAGCCAGCAAGGUUGUAGCAUAUCAUUACUGCCAGGCUGAUAACACGUACACGUGCCUGGUGCCGGAGUUUGUGCACAGCGUGUCUGCGCUGCUGUGUCGCGCUCCCCGGCUCGGCGCCUACAGAGAAAUGCUGAUGAGGGAGAACCAGUUACAGAGUCUGCUGAGCCUGCGCUCGUGCGUCCAGGAUCCGGUCGCAGCCUUCCGACGGGGCGUACUCGAACCCCUCACCCUCCUCCGCAAGGAGAGGAAGAUCGCAGAGGACGAUUACAUCAUCGUGGUGGACGGUCUGAACGAGGCGGAGUUCCACAAGCCCGACUACGGAGACACGAUCGCCUCCUUCAUCACCAAAAUCAUCUCCAAGUUCCCCAUCUGGCUCAAACUGGUCGUCACAGUCAGGGUCAACCUGGUGGACGUCACCAGCCUGCUACCUUUCCCCAUCAUUUCUCUGGACGACAUUCAUGACAAGUCCAUCUCUGCAGACUUGCACGCGUACGUCCAGCACCGCGUGGAGCACAGCGCCUCCAUCCUCAGCAACAUCACCGUCAACGGCAAGGCCGAGCCAGGAGCCAGCUCUAAGUUCUGCUCGCACCUGGUGGGCCGCAGUCAGGGCUCCUAUCUGUACCUGAAGCUCACCUUGGACCUGCUGGAGAAGGGCCACCUGGUGAUCAAGAGCUCCAGCUACAAAGUGCUGCCCAUGUCACUGACUGAACUCUACCUGCUCCAGUGCAACAUCAGGUUCCCGACGGCGGUGGCUUUCGAGCGUGCGCUGCCCGUCCUGAACGUCGCGCUCUCCUCGCUGCACCCACUAACUGAUGAGCAGCUGUUCCGCGCGCUUAACGCCGGCAGUCUGAAAGGCACACUCGAAUGGAGCGACUUCCAGCAACGCAUGGAGACACUCUCCUGCUUUCUGAUUGGCCGACGUGACAGGACGCGCAUGUUCUGCCACCCAUCCUUCAGGGAGUGGCUGGUCUGGAGGGCAGACGGAGAGAGCACCGACUUCCUGUGUGAUCCGAGGAGCGGACACGCCCUGAUGGCCUUCAUGCUCUCUCGACAAGAAGGGAAGCUGAACAGGCAGCAGACCAUGGAGCUGGGUCACCACAUCCUCAAAGCACACAUAUUCAAGGGACUUAGUAAGAGGACGGGCGUGUCCUCCAGCGUUCUCCAGGCCCUGUGGAUCAGUAACAGUACAGACAGCCUGUCUGCUGCUCUUUCCUCCCUCAGAAACCUCUACACACCCAACGUCAAGGUGUCUCGGCUACUGAUCCUGGGUGGAGCGAGUGUGUGUUACCGCACCGAGGUGCUCAACAGCGCCCCUGUGCUGUGUGUACAGUCUCACUUGGGUCAUCUGGAGAUGGUGGCUCUCCUGCUAGAGUUUGGGGCUCCAGUGGAUGGAGUAUCUGAGAACGCCAUGACGCCUCUGUGUUACGCCGCGGCCGCCGGACACCUGGGCGUGGUUAACCUACUGUGCAGAAAGGGGGCAAAGGUGGAUCAUGUGGAUAAGAGCGGACAGUGUGCAGUGGUUCACGCUGCUCUGAGAGGUCACACUGAAAUUCUGCAGUAUCUGCUGGAGCAGGACUGGAGCUCAGACCCCACACAGCCUGAGCAAAGCCUCAAGAGCAGAGUAGUGCAGCAAGCCUUCAUCGCUGCCUCCAGCAUGGGACAUGUACAGGUGCUGAAGAACCUGCUGGCUCUGAAUAAGAAUGAGCUCAGUGUGCAAAUCGAUGGCCAUGACACUCUCUGGGGAGAGACAGCUCUGAGUGCUGCAGCUGGCCGGGGCAGGCUGGACGAGUGUGUGUUCCUGCUGGAAAAGGGGGCCGCAAUAACGCAGCCAAACCGCAGGAGCGUGACUCCCAUUUACACUGCUGUGAAACACGGACACACAAAGGUGGUAGAGCUUUUGCUGCAGCACGGUGCCGAGGUGGACGCCACCGAUAAACAUGGCCGCUCUCUGCUGAUGGUUGCAGCCAGUGAGGGUCACAUGACCACUGUGGACUUCCUUCUCAAACAGGGAGCAUGCAUGACAGCAGUAGAUAAGGAAGGCCUAACGCCGCUGAGCUGGGCGUGUCUGAAGGGCCAGAAGAGCGUGGUGGAGCUGCUGGUGGAGAGAGGAGCGCAGAUCGAUCACACGGAUAAGAACGGACGCACUCCUCUCGACCUCGCUGCUUUUUAUGGAGAUGCUGACAUAGUGCACUACCUGGUGGAGCGCGGCGCUGUGAUUGAGCACAUGGACUACAGCGGCAUGCGGCCCCUCGACCGCGCCAUCGGCAGCCGCAACACUUCGGUCGUCGUCACUCUGCUGAAAAAAGGGGCCAAGCUGGGGUACCGCACGUCUCCCUAUGAUCGAUCAGGAAACGCUGCCUGGGCCAUGGCCACUUCUAAACCAGACAUCCUCAUCAUCCUGCUGCAGAAGCUGAUGGAGGAAGGCAACCUGCUCUAUAAGAAAGGGAAGAUGAAGGAAGCAGCUCAGAGGUAUCAGUAUGCACUGAGGAAGUUUCCAAGGGAAGGGUUUGGGGAAGACCUGAAGGCCUUUCGAGAACUCCGGGUCUCGCUCUACCUCAACCUGUCCCGCUGCCGCCGCAAAACCAACGACUUUGGCAUGGCAGAAGAAUUUGCCACUAAGGCUCUGGAACUGAAGCCAAAGUCAUACGAAGCUUUUUAUGCUCGUGCUCGAGCUAAGAGAAGCAGUAGGCAGUUUGCGGCAGCACUGUCUGAUCUCUACGAGGCGGCGCGUCUGUGUCCCAGUAACAGAGAAAUCAGACGCCUGCUGGCCCGUGUGGAAGAAGAGUGCCAUCAGCGCCCGGGUGGGAAACACGCGUCAUCUCACGCUCAUCCCUCACAGCACGAUGAUGAGGAUGACGAUGAUGAUGAUGACGAUGAGAAUGACGAUGAGGAGGAAGAGGAAGCUGUGUCAGUUCGAGCGCCUCAUAAAGGUUCAGAGAGCCUUGGGAUAAAGCUGGUGCAGGUGGAGGAGGGAGAUGAGGAGAGAACGAGUAAAGAGGAGAAGAGGAAGGAGAACUGGCAGCAGAGCCGAACUCUACCCGACUCUCUGGGCCUGGCGCUGUCAGGCACCCAGUCAUUUUCUCCUUCAGCUCACAGACGCCUCCCGUCCAGACAGGCUCAGAGCGUGAAGGGCCGAGAGAACCACGGCCACCACAGGGCCUGCCUACACACCAGGGAGCCGCUCAGAGACACCCAAGGAGGCACUGGUCACCUGGGCCACCUGGACACCAUGCCCCUGGCACCAGAGGGCGCUCCAGAGUGCAGGUCCGAGUUCAGCCGUAGCAGCAGCAUGCGAGUGUCCAGCUCCUCCAGCAGCCUGGCUUUCACCGGGAUGCACUCGGACCGCAACCGCAGCUCUGUCGCCAACGAAAACGCCGCUGCCGUCUCCGACAUGCCUGCAAGGCAACAUGAGCACAAACCGCGUCCUUUUAUGGGCAUCACGGACAAAACGGCACGCUUCCACCAACCACCACAACCAACACCACUGCACAGUCACAGCUGGCAGGGUCAUGGCACAGAGGAACUGGUGCAGGGACUGACCUGUGACCUCCAGUACCCUAAAACAGGAAGUGCUGCCUACCAGGAGACCUUCCAUAACGGCACGCACGCAGCAGAGCUGCACUCAGUGAAGCAGCACAAGCAGGCCAACCUGGCUCGGGACAACCCCAUCCUCAUCAGCUCCAUCAAACCCAAACGCUCCUUCAUCGAGUCCAACGUGUAGCGGCUGUCACCGUGGAGACCGCCAAGCAAAGAUCAAACUCCCUGUACACCAGUUAGUAACUAAUCAAUCAGGCUUCGCUUUUAGCCUCUACGUCUUACUUACCAGGCAGCAGUUUACCUCCACGGCGUAGAAAUAUGGCUUUAUUCAGGACUAACUACAAAUAGAAACUUAACAAGA